ACGUCACGUCAAAUGUGAUAUGUUUUGGCGGUUAAGCCGGUUAAUUUAUUAAAUUCUAUUUUGUUUUGUGGAUUUGGAUCCUGAUAAUCACCAAAAUUUCAGUUUUUUUUACUGUUUCCUUACAAUGACGAGUUUUAACGAAAAAUGUGAGUUGUAUUUCGGGACUACAGACUUCUAUGAGGUACUUGGAAUAACAAAAGAGGCUUCUGAAAAAGAAAUCAAAAAAGCCUACCACAAGCUCUCUCUUCUCGUACAUCCAGACAGAGUGGAUGAGGCACACAAAGAAGUAGCCACUGAAAAAUUUAAAGUUCUUGGCAGGAUCCACUCAGUUCUUCAAGACAAUGAAAAAAGAAAGGUUUAUGAUAACUGCGGGGAGUUUGAUGAAGAUGCAGAUUCCACAUUUAAUUGGAAGGACUAUUGGCUUAAGAUGUUCAGAAAAAUUGAAAUUUCUGAUAUUCAGAAAUAUGAGCGGGAAUAUGUUGGGUCAGAAACUGAGAGGAGAGAUAUUAAAAGAGCUUAUGAAGCAGGCAAAGGAGAUAUGAAUAUCAUUCUAGAGUUAGUUGCAUUUAGUAGCUGCGAUUCUGAGCCACGGAUAAUUGACAUUGUUAGAGAAAUGGUUGAUAAUGGGGAGGUGCCAGAAUAUGAUGGCUUCUUUAAUGAAAGCAAAAUUAAGAAAAUGAGGCGUCUUAAGAAAUGGGAAAAAGAAAGAAAAGAAGUAGAGAAAAUAGAUAUGAGUGAACUAGAAAGACAAAUGCAGGAAAAUAGGAAACGAAAUAGGGAUUCUUUUUGCGACCUUAUAUCAAAUCUGGAGAAAAAGUAUGCUCCAAAAAAGGCCAAGAAAGCACUAACAGAUGGUUCAACACCAGUAAAUAGAAGAACUUCUAAGAGAAAAUUGAGGUAUGUUAAGAAACGAUCAAAAUCUUAUAAGAGACACUUGUAUAAUCCAAGAAGAUAUAAAUCUGUACCGGAUCUUCAAGCUUAUGUUCCAUUCAUAGCAUCACUGUUUUUUUGAAAAUUAAGUUAAUAGUUUUUUUAAUAAUAAAUUUUUUAGUUGGUA